CGUCACUCCUUUGUUGAUGUGAAAAAGUUGCAAAUCACACUUGGAAUGUCUUGUCAGGCCACAAUGGUAUUGUGACAAAUCACUGCUUCGUUGGCAGCGCGCCUAACGAUUUCUCUGAGGAGAUUACAUAGUCAGCUGCUAAUGGCGAAUCAUAAUACAUCAUGGAAGCUGUCAGGUGGUAAAAGACAAAUGGAAGUAAAACAAUCACGUGGAACAACUUGUGGAUUUCUUGGAGCCCAACUGAAGAGAGUGUCAGAGUAGGUUGAAUUAAACAGUUUUGGCAAAUUACACAUUGCAGCGGUUUGCCCAACAAGUCAUCGGUGAAACAGCUUUUGUUGAGUUUGCUAUGAUGGUGCCAUGCUGCCUAGAGCGCAAAAAACAGAUGUUCAUAGAGCUGCAGCAGCACACACUCACAUCCUGAUGAAGAUAAACAAUGGUGUCCACCCCAAUUUACCUUCUCUGCCACCUUUCUGAUGCCAAAUACGGUGAUGGUUCUCGAAUGCAAUGAGUGUAAUCAAAGCACAGGUGCCAUGGCGGAGCUACAUCACACCUGCUAUGAGGACAUAAUACAAUCUCUGAAACACCUGUGGGAAAAUGCGUUAUGGUCCGAUGAAACCAAGAACAAAGUUUCAAAGAAUGAGUGCAACUCUGGAUAAGAAUGUCCUGAUAUUGCACUAGCCAACUGAAGUGGAAAGAAGAGGGACUUUCAAACCUUCAAUCAGGAAAACAAACAGGCAUGAAUGUAGUUAUCUACGUGGUGGUAUUUCUGGCUGCUGUGUCCAAGGUCUCCCUGAGUCUGCCCUCACAGACCCUUAUGAUUCACGACAGAUCUGAUGGCAAGGCCGUGGUGUCGGACAGCCCGUCAUACAACCGCACGCGCCAGGCCCGCUCUGCUGGCUCGCCUCUAUCGGGACAGCAGGCCAGCUACGAGCAACCUCGGGAGGAUGCGGAGGCUUUCAACACCUUAAGCCAGCUACUGGUUAAACUCAUCACCAGGAAAGGCAUGCCUUACCAAAGCAGAAGCUCCAUCGCGAGCAGAGCCAGCGGCCUGACGCCUGAGCACAGGAUAAAGGACCGAGAUUACGAGGGCUGGAUGGACUUUGGGAGACGCAGUGCAGAAGCCUUGGAGUUCUCCUAAAGGCACGGCUUUCUUCCUUCCAUUGCAGAGCUACAGCAUUCACCAUUGCCAAAAAGCACGCCCUCAAUCCAUGUUCUACUCCCAGUGCUAUUUCCACAAAUCAAAUGUGACAUUAUAAACCCAAAAUGAUGCAGUCUUGCAUAGGCCUGAAUAUAUGUUGGUGAUUGACUGAAGAUGACACAAAAAAGUGGCAAAAGACGAAAGAAUUUGUCCUCAAAAAAUGUUUUUUUUAAUUGCGUUUUUCAAUGUUUUUUUUUAUUUUAUUAUUUUUUUUUUUUUUAUUGAAAGCAUCAUCGAGAGCAAUUUAAGCAAAGAUCAUCUUUAACAUUGUAUAUGGCGAUGGCGGAAAACACUCAGGUGAGUUGAAGUUCCGCUCUGAGACCCCUAGUUUGGCCAGAUUUGAAAAUUGUCCUACAUGCAUGUGUGAUGCAUCAUUGGAAAGCUUAAAAUCUCGAUUUUCUGGGGGUAGAAAAUUUUUGAACAGCAGGGCAUUUAAAAAACAACAACAACAACAAACCCUAUCUGGAGGUGAGAGCACGCGAGAGCAGAAUUAAAGACGGCAUGACUUUAACGAGAUAUUAUCGCGUAAUUACCUUGUUUCGAUCCAAAAACUCCAUGUAGCAUGUAUCACUGAGUGUCAAGACACAGCUGUGAAUGGCCACAGCUGGAUUUUUGGGGGAUUUUAUGGGUGAAACAUGAUAAUAUAACAAGGGGUCGCGAUGCAGAAAUUGCAGACAUCAAGGAGUGCUCGAGAUUUUCUUUUUCAUAUAUUUACCCUUUUAAACUUUUUUUUUUUUUUUUUCUUUGUUUGGAUCAAUUACUUAUCAUCGAACAUAUCGGAGAAAAUACGACAGUAACAAAAAAAUACAAUCAAACGAUAGUUAUGUGGUAGAUAUCCGUGACUUUUUUUACAGACACCACUUUUUUCGUUGUGACGUAAUUUGUUUAAAAGUUUAAAAUAUGCGAGUGAAUAAUUUUUUAACAUCGUUUUUUUUUUUAAUGGAAUAUUAGACAUUAAUUAAUGAUUCCAAGCUAAAAAUGACAGACAUUUUGAAUAAUAAAUAUAAUUAAUUACCUUCGUAUUAUGGCUGGGUUGAAACACAGGCAGUUGCGCGACGUCUGCAAAUUUCCAGGGUAAAACGGACAAAUUAAAAAUAGUUCGGGGGCUUCAUGCACCAUAAAUCUGCUAUGGCAGCAUAUAGACAUAUUGUUCUAUCAAACACAACAGUUCUUUUGGCUUAAAAUACAGCAGUUUCUUUUAAAGAGGGGUGCAAGAACAGAAACUGCUUUUUCAGUUUUGUCUGUGUUUUCGACAAAAAAUAUCAAUCAUUUGGGCAAAAAUGAAAACAGCUUCAUGUAUACUUAACUUCUUAACGUCUUUUGCCACUGUAUAAGUGUAAUUUGCAGCUAAUAGAUAAUCUGCCAAAUAAGUAUUCAUGAUAAUUUAGACAUAACUGUAUACUGUAUAUUAGCCCAGAAAGCUAUUUAUUUAAUAAAUAAUUCUGCAUAUAUUAAAGCUAAGAUUAGAAGCACUAUUUAAAUUACAUAAAAGCAAAAACAUACAUGAUGACAGCCCCACAUCUUAUUUUCACUGCCCCUCCCAAUAUGCAGAUAUGAUGUAUAUUAAUAGAAUAAUCAUAAUAAAACAAUUUGUGUCAGAGUGGUCAUUAUUGUCUCUUGGUCCCAAUUUCCGCAAUUUUUAGACUAUAAGCUUCUACUUUUUACCCCUCAUUUUGAAUCCUGCGGCCCAUAGUCCAGUG